CUCUGAGUUAAUGGACAUUAUGUCGAGAAGUUUGGGUCGGCAGCUUGACAAAGACUCAUUCGAUCAACACGAUCGUCUGGGCAAACUUACGAAAGGAGCGUACCAAUUAUGCUUAAAAACCAGUCAUGACAGGUUUAUUUUUUCUGGUCUUCGCGUCAACAAGACUCGAUGCGUCCUUCGUCCUUCUUAUCACCAUAUCCCUUUUCCCUUCUUGACACCCUCAUCUCUCUCUUCUCUUUCCCGCCAUGGCUACCUUCACCUUAUUUUGCCUCGUCAAUGGAGAGCCCGUGUUGAGGGCAUUUCCCGUCGACAUUGCCGCCAGCAGCACUGUGUCAAUCCCCGUUGUUGCUGCGCACAAACACGAGAACAUUACUUUUGACUCACUAGACCCCAAAGACCAAGAAGAACUCUCUCCAACGGACGAACUCUCUCAGGUAUUUCCACAAGAGCCAGGCGACGACAACUAUAUCAUAGUACAACGCCCGCCACCAGCAUUGAAAAGGGGUCGUGAGCAUGAUCUCGAGGAUCCAUGGAAGCGUGCUAGGAUCGACGACUGGGUGAGAUACGACGCCAAAGACGGACCCGUAUACCUGCCACCCGUUCUUAUCAGCAUGCUCAAUAGUGAAAUGUUCAUCCCUGCACCGCGCGACGAGUUCAAACAGCAAUUGGACAAUAUGCAAGUCGGUCAGCAAAUUAUUCUACCAUCGAUCGGUCAAAGUCCCAAGCAUUACGGAAAGGGCUACCAGGGAUUGUCGUUUUUUGUCACGGAGCAGAUGAUGGAGAUGUGGCGUUUGCUCUCCAGCAAUAGCAAUCGGCCGAUCAGAAGGGUCUUGUCGGGCCCAAUGGGCGUUGCGAGGCCAGGACAGCACAAGAAAUAUGUAGGCGAUUCCUAG